CCAAAAAUAGAUUAAAAUUCAUUCACAUAUCUUAUACCUCACUUACAAAUUCAAUUGUUACCUAAAUUCAGGGUAAACAAAAGGGUGGAUUUUUUAGCUCUCUCAAUGAAGAAAUGCUUCAAAAGGUGGCGGACAAAGUGAGUGCUAGAGAUGUUUGGUUUGAAUUGGAGAAAAUCUGCUGCCCUAUGUCCAUACACCGAUCUCAAGAAGGCAGCACAAUGCAGCCAAUAAUUGAGGAGGAAGAAACUAGAGCUAAGAUCACUCUGUUACACAAAGCACUUCACGAUUCUGUUGGGUUGAAGGAUGACGUCGAGAAGUCUUUGCAAUUUAUGGUUGAAAUUGCGGGUGAUGCAUUAGCCAUAAAAGAAUGUGUUGGGGAAACACCUCUUCAUUAUGCUGCUCGUUUUUGCAAUUUAUAUGCAUCAAAAAUUCUUGUCAACACAAACUCUAAUUUGCCUCAUGUUGCAUCCGUCAACGGUCUUUAUCCGAUUCAUGUAGCAGCUGAAUAUGGUUAUGAAUUUGUCGAUUUGGUUCGUUACUUCUUCAAAGUUACCACGGAUCCUGCUCCUUAUACGGGUCGUGCUGGCGUUAGGCUGCUUUACAGAUUGAUCCGUUCGGACUUGUACGAUUUAGCUACAGAAUUAAUUGAAAAGUUUCCUGAUUUAGCCAAAUAUAGUUCAAAUGAAUUAUCUCCUUUGAGGCUGCUGGCUACAAAGGUAAAUGCACUAUGUGACACAGUCCAAGCAUUGGGAAGCAAAUAUUCAAUUAAUGUCUAUUUUUGCAUUGCAUCAGAACCGGUAUACAUCCGAGACAAAGAAUGGAAACAGCAAAAGGCAGUUGAACUAGCAGAAUGCCUUUGCAAGAAGUUAAAAAGUUUAAGGGAGGAAGAGAUCAACUCCAUUGUUGGUGAUCCUCUUCUCCAAGCGGCAUCUUGCGACAACUACAAGCUUGUUGAAAUUAUUGUGAAAAAUUUUCCUUCGUCAGUUUAUUGUUGCAACGAAAAUGGGAAGAAUAUAUUCCACAUUUCAGUAGAAAAUCAUUGCAAAGACGCUUUUAAGUUGGUGUAUGAAAUAAGUGAUCACAGGCAUCGCCUCCUGGCUUCAAUAGAUUUCUCUAAUAAUACCAUGUUGCAUUUGGCUGGAAAAUUAUCACCCGAAAACAAAUUAAAUCGUACUUUUGGCGUGCCUAUUCAGAUGCAACAAGAAUUACAGUGGUUUGAGGAAGUGAAGAAAUGUGUACCGCCUUGUUACUACGAGCGUUUAAACAAGGAGGGUAAGAAAGUGGAUCAACUAUUUACAGAGGAACAUGCUAACUUAAAGAAAGAAGGAGAAAAAUGGUUGAAAGAUACAGCAAGUGCAUGCACUAUUGUUUCAGCUUUGGUUGCUGCCAUUGCAUUUGCAGCUGCAAUUACAGUUCCAGGGGGCCACCAUAGCGACAGUGGACUUCCAAUUUUCUUAGAAACAAGAGCUCUCACCUGCUUUUAUGUGUCAAAUGCAUUCUCGCUCUUCACUUCGUGCAGUUCUUUAAUAUGGUUCUUUUCUAUUUGGGUUUCGCGUUAUGCAGAAGAAGAUUUUCACAGUAAAUUGCCAGCAAGACUAAUGUGGGGAUUUGCAAGCAUGCUUGCCUCCAUAUUAAGCAUGAUUAUCAGCUUUUCUUCAACGCUGUAUAUCGUGUCCGGGCAGAAAAUAUGGGCUCCUUCACUAGUGGGUGUUUUCCUUGUGUCACAUGUAGGUUUCUAUAUUUGCAACCUGAUUUCAUAUCAUUUUGGUUCGCAUACGUGUAAAGCUCUGCGCUGGUGUCUCAACUUUUCAACACAAAGGAAAAAAGAACCACAUUCUUCAGCGAGGCUAUAA